AUGACACGAGAGCGUAGGCGUCAUGGUGGAUCUGAGCAGCGUCCUCCAUCUUCCCGGAGAGCUCCACCCCCGGAGAGGGAUUGGAGCCGCGUGGUUCUGGUGACCAUCUUGUCCUGUGUGAUCGGAUUCGGGGCCUUUGCGUACAGCGGAUACAGGAAGUGGAGUCUGGCGGUGAAGGUUGUCACCCUUCAUCCCUCUCCCCCCAUCCUGCCGCCAAACAGCAGUUCCCCGGACUCCUCCCCCGACCUGUUCUGGGGCUCCUACAGGCCGCAGGUUUAUUUUGGGAUGAAGACACGAAGUCCGCGCUCUGUGGUCACAGGUAGGUGGGGGAGGGGCCCCUCCUCCCCGGGACAGCUCCUCUCCCUCUUCUUCUACGUGGCCACGGAUGGGCAGGGAACGCUGACCCCUCACAUGGACGGACGACACCUGAGUCAUGUGACCGGCACAUCGGAGGAGCUGAGCGGCUUCACCAUCAGAUUCACCAGACCGGAUGCAGAGGGCGGAGCCAUCAGCUACAACCACUUGGUGACGGCGUGCCCGGGGCUCCACCACAUCACCGACGUCGUACGCGGCAGCCUGACGGACCGCUUCAGCCACCCGUCCGGAGGUUCCGGCGCCAACAAGAGACGUUACUUCGGGGUGGACGUCUACAACCCUCCCCCUCAGCCGGGCUCCGACCACUCCAAGAUCAUCAUCCACCAGAUAACCAUGGCCCUCCCCUUCCAGGCCGAGAUCCUGUUUGAGUCGGACAGUUUCCUGGAGCGCUCGGUGCACCUGUCCGGACGGGCGCUGAGCGGCGAGCUGGAACGGCACAAGAAGGACAUGGCUGAGCGAUUUCAGCAGAUGUUCCGGCUGGAGGAGAAGGGCUUCAUCCCGGAGCAGGUGGCCUUCGCUCAGGCCGCCCUCUCCAACAUGGUGGGUGGGAUGGGUUACUUCUACGGAAGCUCGUUGGUCCAGUCCCGGUACAAUCCUGAACCCGUGGCUUAUGCGUUGGCUCCCCUCUUCACCGCAGUCCCUUCUCGCUCUUUCUUCCCUCGCGGCUUCCUGUGAGACGAGGGGUUCCACUUGCUGCUGAUUGCUCGCUGGAACCCGUCUCUGGCCUGGCAGUCCCUGGGUCACUGGUUGGAUCUAAUGAACGCCGAUGGCUGGAUCCCUCGGGAGCAGAUCCUCGGGCCCGAGGCUCGCAGUAAAGUGCCCUCCGAGUUUGUGGUUCAGCGGGACGAAAAUGCCAACCCCCCCACCCUGUUCCUGGCCCUGCGUCAGCUUCUGGCGGGCAGAAAUAUUCCAACUGAAGGCCUCCAGGUUCUUCGGCGUGCGCUUCCUCGACUUCAGACCUGGUACAACUGGUUCAACGAAACGCAGGCCGGUCCCCUUCCAUACACCUACCGGUGGCGCGGCCGGGACAGGGACACCAUGCAGUUUCUGAACCCGAAAACGCUGACGUCGGGCCUGGACGAUUACCCGCGGGCCUCUCACCCCUCGGAUGACGAGCGUCACGUGGACCUGAGGUGCUGGAUGGCUUUGGCGUCGGAAGUAAUGGCGGACAUCUGCGACCUGCUGGGGGAAGAUGGCGGCCGGUACAAGGAGUCGCACUCGGUGCUCUCCGACAACUCUCUCUUGGAUCGGCUCCACUGGUUCGAGCAGCUCGGCGGUUACGCUGAUUACGGAAACCACACACAGAACACGGUACUGGAGUGGGAGCGGACGCAGCCGUUCCCUGGGCAGGAUCCGCGCAGCGUCCCUCCCCCGAGGCUGAUACGGGCCGUGAAGAAGGUCCCGAAAUUACAGUAUGUCGGUGCUCUGGGCUACGUGUCCCUUUUCCCGUUCCUCCUGCAGAUCCUGUCCCCGGACUCCCCCAAACUGGGCCGCGUCCUGGAGCAGCUCAGGGACCCCGACAAACUCUGGACACCGUACGGCAUCCGCUCCUUGUCCAAGGGCAGCCCUAUGUACAUGAAGCGCAACACGGAACACGACCCGCCCUACUGGAGGGGACCCAUAUGGAUCAACAUGAACUACUUGGCGGUGAGGGCCCUGCACCACUACAGCCGGCUGGAGGGCCCGCAUCGGCAGAGGGCCACCGGUGUGUACCGCGAGCUCCGGAUCAACCUCAUUGCCAACCUGUACAGGCAGUAUAAGGAGACGGGCUUCCUCUGGGAGCAGUAUAGCGACAAAACGGGUUUUGGACAGGGGUGUCACCCGUUCACUGGGUGGAGCUCCUUGGUCGUCCUGAUCAUGGCUGAGGAAUACUGAGCAUGACGUAGAGGG